AUUUCUUUCCUCCCUUUCUCACUACUCUUUUUUGACUUUCUUCAUCUUAGCCCAGCUAUCCUGGGCCAGGCUUCGAGACACUUCGCUCACAACUCCCACACGGGGCCAUCGUGAUGAACGCCGAGCAGACCGUCGUGCCCCCGGGCGGCCAACAUUACAGCGCCCAGAACCGUGUGCCCAACAUCCAAGAAUUCGUUCAGUCGCUCGACCGCCAAAAGAAGGAGCGCGACGCUGCCAUUGACGAGCAGUUGAAGCAGAACAAGGUCCCGGCAGAGGCCAAAGAUCAAACCAACGCGCCCGAUCCUAAGCACAAGACCACUCGCAAAGUCCGAGAUCCUGUCACAGGAAAGGACGUGGACAUCCAAGAUGCCGACACUGACUUUGCAGAGGCCGUGGACAACCCUAAGUUGUCCAUCCCGAACACCAAUCUAGGAAAGCCAGCCACGACCGCGACCUCAUCGAAGCAAUCUGGUGAAGAAUACCGCUACGCUCAAGAUGUCACGGCUCCACCAGAAGCUGAAAAGAGCUCCACGUCGGACGUCCCCAUCCGUAGCGAAAAGACGUCGGUCCUCUUCUACAAGACGCCUUCGGUCAGCUACGAACCCAUGUUCGGAAUCCUCGAGCAGCGGGCCAAUGUGCUCUGCGCCGGAAUCUUCUUCGGAAUCGUCUUCUUGGGCAAAAUGUUUGGCGGUCGGCUGUUGGGACUUGUACCCUUGGCCUUAUGCGUUGCUUCUGGCGUCUUUCUUUGGGCCAAGGACUUGAUUCGCCAGGGCAGAGACUUGGAGUGGGCAAGCGAACAGGAGCGCGGUGAGACGGCGACGGCGAACCUGAUUCCGGAGUCCGUCGAGUGGAUGAACACGAUGCUGGGCAUUGUCUGGGGUCUUGUCAACCCAGAGAUGUUUGCUGGCGUCGCUGAUACUCUCGAGGAUGUCAUGGCCGCAUCAGUCCCUGGUAUCAUCGACAAUGUUCGUGUGGCAGACAUCUCUCAGGGCAACAACCCUAUCCGAAUUCUCAACAUGCGAGCCUUACCCGACUCCCAUGUCCAAGACAUCAAGGACGAACUGCAUCAACAAAACGAGAAGAAUACCGACCCGGAGGAGCUAGCGGCUAAUGAGCAGGCUGGCUCCUUCUACAACAUGGAAGUCUCGAUCGCGUACCAUGCCAAGCCGUCCGGUGGGGAUAUUGCCUCAAAGGCACGCAAUAUGGGGAUGCAGCUCGUGUUUUAUCUCGGCAUCAAGGGACUCUUCGGUGUACCCUUGCCCAUCUGGGUUGAAUUGAUUGGCCUCGUUGCUACCGCUCGAGUUCGCAUCCAGUUGACUCCCGACCCGCCAUUUCUUAAGACCUUGACCUUCACUCUGAUGGGACUUCCCAAAGUCCAGGCUGGGUGCACUCCAAUGAUAGAAAAAGGCGUCAACAUCCUCAACCUCCCUCUGAUCUCGAACUUUGUGAACUGGGCUAUUGGCGCUGCCGCAUCCAUGUACGUGGCUCCCAAGAGCAUGACUCUAGACUUGAGCAAGAUGCUCCAAGGUGACGACAUCAAGAAGGAGACACUCGCGCUGGGCGUCCUCUUCAUUCGAAUCCACAAAGCCAUCGAUCUCAGCAAGCAGGAUCAGCGUGGUAGCAAGGGCGGAGGCUCAGAUCCGUACAUUACCAUCAGUUGGAGCAAAUUUUCCAAGCCCCAGUUCUGUACUCGGGUUAUCCAAGACGACCUCAACCCGGUUUUCGAGGAAAGCUGCGGACUUCUUGUCACUAGUGACCUCCUCAAGGCGGAUGAACAAUUGUCUGUUGAACUCUGGGACAGCGAUCGCUCGUCUGCCGAUGAUGUUGUCGGCAAGGUCGAACUCAGCAUCCAGAAGCUGAUCCAGCACCCUGGAAAGAUGUUUCCUCAGGUCUCAAAAUUGAGGGGUGUCAAGGCAGAAAGUGAGAUGCCGGGUGAGCUUCACUGGGAGGUGGGCUUCUUCGGCAAGACGCAAUUCCGCAAAGCCCUACGCACCGACGGAAGGGAUCUCAAUCUACCCAAGGAGCUCAGCGAUAAGCCCGAGCUCCAGGAAGAGAAAGGCGCUAUCGAUACAAAGGAGGAAGAUGAUGUCAUCCACACUCCUCCUGACCCAUUGUGGCCCUCUGGAAUCCUCAGUGUUGUUGUCCAUCAGAUUGUUGGCCUUGAGCUGGCUAAUAUCAAGGGGUCGGAUGGCAAGAGAAAGGGCAAGGAGUACGAGCCGGCUCGACCUGAAGCUGGUCCGGUAAAGGAGGAACAGAGCAAGACGCUUCCAAGCUCCUAUUGCACCAUUUUGGUCAACGAUGACUUGGUUUACAAGACCAGAACCAAGGUUGUGUCUUCUCAACCAAUUUUCAAUGCGGGAACCGAGAAAUUCGUUCGAGAUUGGAGGUCUUGCAUCGUCACUGUUGCUGUCCGUGAUUCUCGGAACCGACAGCACGACCCUAUUAUCGGCGUGGUGCCUCUCAGACUUGGAGAUAUCCUGCAAACCAGCAGCGAGUCUACUCGCUGGUAUCCUCUCGAUGGAGGUAUUGGAUUUGGACGAAUCCGUAUCUCUGUGCUCUUCCGCUCCGUCGAGCUCAGGCUUCCACCUCCUCAGCUCGGCUGGGAUAUCGGCACUUUCGAAUUCCUACCCGAUGCUAUCACCACCACCAACUAUGCGCCAUCGGAGAAAGUCAGGCUUCGAUUGCGCACCGGGGGUUCUUCUGCGAACAUGAAGAAAAAUGCUUCUGUCCGCGAGGGCGAUGGAAUCAAAUUCGAUAUCAGCGGUCACGAGGAUGGUGGACAACUUCGUCUUCCUGUUCGCCACCGUUACAGCUCGCCAAUCUUCUUCGAAUUCUAUCCAUCUGGCAAGCGUAGCCCUGAUGCCUUCGCCGCACUGUGGCUGCUGGAGUUGGUUGAUGGAGAGGAAAGGGAAUUUGACAUUCCGGUAUGGAAGUGCAACAACGCCUUGCGUCUUUCCCAAAACUACAUCACGCAGGAGAACUUCCACUCCAUCCCCGAUUUGGACAUAACAGAGAUUGGUCGCGUCCGAUUCCGGGGCAGGUUCUCUGCCGGGACGGACACUGAUCACAUCAAGUUCGUUAGCUCCAAUGACACCCGCGAAACAAUCGAGGCAUGGGAGGCUUGCUACUCCGAAGGGGUACGCCAGCAGGAAGUCAACGCCGAGGUUCCUGCAGUAAUUCAGAAGCUCCACGAUGAGUCGUUGACUCAAGGCCGCGAUGUUCUCGCUCAGGCGGACAAGAAAGAGAAGGACAGGUGGUUGGCGAAGGAUGGUACCGAUUGGAGUGGAGCUUUCGGACAGGAUCCAUCUACGAUUAUGGCCAAGCGAGACGGCGCUCCCAAUGACAGUGAGGAGUACGAUGAUUUUGACGACGACAACGAUGAUGAUGACGACCCGGACCUCGGAAUUCAGGAUGGUGAUACUGAUCCAUCAAUUCCAUCCGAGGACGGCCGCACAUCCAUUGACAGUCAAGCAACCGGCACCACGAGCGGGUCACAGAAGAGCAGUGGUGGCAGCAGCCUGAACCCGAUCAAGAAGUACAAAGAUUACAAAGAACGCAGCCGGGAUCUGCAUCGAAAGCACCGUGGUUUGAUGCAGUGGCGCCCGCUGCGGAAUGCACAGUUCGCCAAAGACGAGGCCAUGUUCGCGGUUCGCAAGGUGAAGAACCUUGGAGCGCUCGAUGGACGGAAGCCGGAUGUUGAAACGGAGGCAUAAAAUGGGUGAUGGGUUUCUUUUGUUUGGGCUUCGGGUUUGGUUGUGGCUUGGGGGUUCAAGGAGGGGUUCGAGAUUGACGAAUGACGCAGAAGCAAUACCUAUGAAUAGUUAUGUUUUGUAUGAUUACGAGUUUCUCUGACCCCAAUUCCCGUAUCAGCCAUUUAGUGUUC